AUGCAUCCAAGAAAUAGCAGUGCUCAUGCUAGCGGUGACGAUGGUGCUGGGCCUUCUAGCAUGGGCGGUGGGGAUUUUGAUGUCCUUUUGCACAUUGUAGCUCAGCGGGUUAUGGCUAAGAUUACACAGAACUCUAGGGAGCGGGAAGGCCCAUCUGCUGAUCAGGGUUGUACAAUAGAGAAAUUCACCAAAAUGAAUCCUCUGGCAUUCUCAGGGGGAGCUGGCCCUACAGUUGCUGAAAACUGGGUGCAAGAGAUGAAGAAAAUACUGACAGUGCUGCAUUGUGCAAAUGAUCAGAGGGUCAUGUAUGCCACCUAUGAAUUAACGAGUGAGGCUGAGAGAUGGUGGACAAUUAUGAAAUUUCUAGAGGAACAGAGACUCGUACCGACGAUAACAACUUGGAGUCGAUUUAAAGAAAUUUUCUUUGAUCGUUAUUUUCCUACCACCAUCAGAGAGGCUAACAUAGUAGAAUUUCUGAAUUUGACUUAG